ACCAAGCAAACUCUUGUUGCUUGUCUCCGGCACCAACUUACUGUUAGUAGAAGGGAGAAGCGUUGGGAGGGAGGAGGAAGAGGAGGUGGGUGGCCAUGUCGGUGGCGAGGGCGUACCAAGGGAACAGGUCGGGGGCGGUGGCGGAGUGGCUGAACGAGGGGGACAAUGCGUGGCAGAUGAUCUCGGCGACGUUGGUGGGGCUGCAGAGCGUGCCGGGGCUGGUGAUCCUCUACGGCAGCAUCGUGAAGAAGAAGUGGGCGGUGAACUCGGCCUUCAUGGCGCUGUACGCCUUCGCCGCCGUCUGGAUCUGCUGGGUCACGUGGGCCUACGGCAUGUCCUUCGGCGACAAGCUGCUCCCUUUCUGGGGGAAGGCCAGGCCGGCCCUCGGCCAGAAGCUGCUGAUCCAGCAGGCGGCGCUGCCGGCCACCACGCACUACCGCCGCGACGGCACCGAGGAGACGCCCAUGAUCACGCCCUUCUACCCCAUGGCCUCCAUGGUCUACUUUCAGUGCGUGUUCGCUGCCAUCACCGUCAUCCUCCUCGCCGGCUCCCUCCUCGGCCGCAUGAGCAUCAAGGCGUGGAUGCUGUUCGUCCCCCUGUGGCUCACCUUCUGCUACACCGUCGGCGCCUUCUCCCUCUGGGGCGGAGGCUUCCUCUUCCAGUUGGGCGUCAUCGACUACUCCGGCGGCUACGUCAUCCACCUCUCCUCCGGCGUCGCCGGCCUCACCGCCGCCUACUGGGUCGGACCGAGGACGCCAAGCGAUCGGGAGAGGUUCCCGCCCAACAACGUGCUGCUGGUGCUGGUGGGGGCGGGAAUGCUGUGGAUGGGAUGGACGGGGUUCAACGGCGGCGACCCAUACGCGGCCAACAUCGACUCGUCCAUGGCGGUGCUCAACACGCACAUCUGCGCCGCGACGAGCCUCCUCAUGUGGACGACCCUCGACGUGGCCUUCUUCAAGAAGCCUUCCGUCAUCGGCGCCGUGCAGGGGAUGAUGACCGGACUGGUUUGCAUCACUCCUGGCGCAGGACUAGUCCAGGGUUGGGCUGCUAUGGUUAUGGGGAUCUUAUCAGGGAGCAUCCCCUGGUACACCAUGAUGGUGGUGCACAGGCGAUGGGCCUUCCUCCAGAAGAUCGACGACACGCUCGCCGUGUUCCACACCCACGCCGUCGCCGGUUUCCUAGGCGGCGCCACUACCGGCCUCUUCGCCGAGCCCGUUCUCUGCAGCCUCUUCCUGCCCGUCACCGGCUCCCGCGGAGGCGUUUACGGCGGCGUGGGUGGCGUCCAGUUCCUUAAGCAGGUCGUCGGCGCCGGGUUCGUCGUGGCGUGGAACGCCGUCGUCACCACCCUAAUCUGCGUGGCCAUACGAGUAGUCACCCCGCUUCGCAUGUCCGAGGAACAGCUCAAGAUCGGUGACGACGAGGUGCAUGGCGAGGAGGCUUACGCGCUGUGGGGCGACGGUGAGAGGUUUGACGUAACGAGGCAUGGAUCGAACUCGGAAUCAGAGUCGCAACAGCUUCAUGUUCCGACUGGUGUAACGCAGAAUGUCUAAGGAGUAGGGGAAGGCUGUGGUGGUGGUGGCUGUGAGUGCAAACCGAGGUGGUUUGAAGGCAGUGCAGGAUUCCUGGUUCUUCAGUGUUCACGCCAUAUAUGAUGCUUGUUAAGGCGCGUGUGGCUAUGGUGGUGGGAGGAAGUGAUUCUUCGUUUAUUUUAAUGAAAGAUAC